GUGGUAGACUGAAACGUCGUGGUUGGAAACGACGUUUCGUAACGUCGCGAUUCCGUGCUACUUCAUUAAUAGCGGCAAUUAUAUCCGUCGGCUGCCGGAGAGAAUAUCCGGAAUUCUCUGACCGUGCGCGGUGACGAACGACGACGUCGACAAUGACGCAACAACUUGGAGAUGCACGUGGAGAUGACUUCGAUCCGGCGCGGGCUGCCCUUUUCGUUUCCCGGUGGGGAUUGCGUGCGUAAUGCCCGACGUACAUAACGUCGAGGAUAUUAAGGAUUCUCCUUGCCUCCCCCGAGAUCUCCCUUCGUUCUUUCCUUCCUUUUCCGAGCACGUCGAAUUAGAGAAAUUGGUUGUUGAAUACAAACUACAUAGGAUCGUAUGAUUAAUCUUGGCACGUUUCACUCUUCUGGCGUAUGUUCUGACGUACCCAGCACCUGGAGAUUUAUUGCGAUUCUGGGAAAAACCACAGCUCGCCCAUUGGUCUUCAAUCAAUCUUAAGCAAAGCUGCAAAAGCAAUCGAUAAACCGCCAAGUGUUGGCUCUUAACGUUGGUCUGUGGAACCGCAUAUAUUUUUUUUCAUUUUCAUAUUUAGUAUCGUCGAAUGUUAUUUAUGAUCACUUAUUUAAUUUCGAAAUCAAUUUCAAGAUGUCUUUCGAGCGACAAUGUUUUCGCAUUUUGUGUGUAUGUGUGUGUGUGUGUGUGUGCGCGCGUAGAGUAUAUACGUCAAAUAUAGACAGCGAUGACAUCACCGAGUAAAAGAGUUAACAACGUCCUAUUGUUUAUUAUCUCGUAAAUUUCAGUCGAGCAAAUCACUCGGAAGUUUAUUAUUCAAUUCUGAAGAUUUUAUUUCCAAAGUAAAAUUAUCCACCAUAAAAAUCUAAGGAUCUCUCUACUCGUGAUUGAAUAUUCAGCUUCGAGACACCUUCCAAUAAAAUUCGCGUAAUAAACAUUCGUGUCUUAAAGUAUCAAAAAUUAUUCAGCAAAGAGUAAAGCAGAGAAGCAAGUAUAAAGGCCACACGAUUUUUUUGUGUGAAUACAUACAUAUUUUUCUAAUUAUCGCGAGAAAAAAAUAGUUCACUAUAAAAAAAAUAUCACUAUAAUUUACAGUCAUUUUUAGGCCCAAAGAUAUUGUUAUAGUUAUUCAAUAUAAAUUAUAGUUUGUUUAAACUAUAUUAAAGUUUACAUAAUCAUAAUAUUGGUCUAUGCAACUUAUGAUGUGGUUGUCAUAAGUAAAAGGAGAAUUUAAUUAUGGUAAGUUGUACUAUAAAACAAUCACUAUGACUGGUAUUUAUAGUUGAAUCUUACUUCAAGAUCUCAAGGUCUCAAGUAAUGUCUUAAGAUGCUAAUAAGACUCUAUAAUUGAAUGUCGAAGACGAUACUUAAAAUGGUCUUAAAUACAAGAUUCGACCAUGAAUACCGAUCUAUAGGCAUCGCCACAACCAUUAAUAAUUACUAUAAAAAUGACAUUCCUGACUGUAACUAUUUUACUUAUACAACUACAGUCACAAAAAUAUCACACAUUUUUCUCAGUGCAUUCUUUCAUUUCACCUCUUUAUUUCCUACAUACUUUUUUUUUCUACGCCUACGGUUUUCAUUUUUCUCAUGGUGCGUGCAAGUAAGAUCUGAGCGCGUAGCGCUCAACUGCCGUGCUCGAGAUCCACGCGAGGCGUCCUUCAUCGACCUUACUGCCCACCACGCCGUCCGCUCGCGCUCGUGCGUUCACUUUCACGUUCGGCUGCGCGCGCGCACGUGCGUGAGGCGAUUCACUUGACCGGCGAUCCCAUCUCGCGAGCAGUCACGCCACGAGCGCAGAGGCUCGCGUCGAAAAUCUCCGCUGAGAUUUUGCGCGAGACGUAAAAAUGAGCAGCCAGUCAAAUACCCGCCGGAUCGACGACGAUCGAAAAUCCACGGUCUCUUUUCCUCCCUCAAUAAAAUGUAAGAAAUAAAGGAAUCAAUUGUUUAGAAAAUAAUUUCAGAUCCGCCUGAAUCUUCUCGGAAAACUCGCGCUUAUUCCCUUCUUCCACGCGGAUGGAAGGCGCGACCGGGUUUCAGCGGCUCGCGUCAUCGCGCGUCUUGACGUCACCGACUCCCGACGUCGUCGAGAAGACGCCGUGAAUUCACCGAAAUCGAACCCUCUCGCCCGCGAAGAUUCUCGUUUUAACUCCGCCGAGUGUGGAAUUGGAGCGCGGAUGCGCGUGUAAACGCGCGCGUGGGGUACAAAGUCCGGGGCUGCCGGGUCUAGGUCUCCCAAAGAGGUGAACUAGAAUCCCAGACGCGCCGCGCGCGGAGUCGUAUUACGAACGCAUCUCGCGUGUCCUUCGACGACCUUUUUGCAACGCCAUAGCCGGCGUGUACGCAUCGAUGCGUUACCAUUCACUUUCACGUCGUCGCGGAGCACGAAACGCACGUGCGCUCUCGCGAGGGCGUGGGCACGCAGGUAGAUAUGCCAUCUCCCCUCCCCCCCCCCCCUCUCCCUCUCUCUUUCUCUUUGUCGUUUUCUCUCCUCUUGCCUGCAUUCCUACGCACAGGCAUAAACAAACGUCGACAGUGGUAAAACGCAGGAACGCAUUCGCCACGCCGCUGCCGGUUAAUCGCCGCUGCUGUUAUACGUUUAUCAUCUUAAUAACACAUUCUCCUCUACGCUCCUCUACGCUAAUAGUUUAGCACCGUGAGUCGCUAACCAUACGUUAUUUAUAUGGCUCGUAUCGCGCUACCUGUGUUGCGUCGGACGAAGUGCAGGAUGAUUCCCGAGAUUGCGAGAUUUUAGGAUUUCACGUGCAAAAGGGACGAUCCUUUUGAUGAUAAAUUUGGACGACACAGAAAGCGCAAAAUACUCUAGCAUAAAUUUCUGGUAAACACAAUCGUUACGAAAUUAAUUUACUUAAUUAUAAAUUGUGGAAAAUUAUUAUUCAAAAAAUUUGUCCGAGAGGGUUUGUUUCGUGCGUGAAAUCGCGGUUAACCUUCGUAUCCUCUGUUUUUAACAGAUUCGCGCGGUUCCGUCAUCCUUGAUGGGGCCAUGUUAUUCAGGAAAUGAUGGACCGUGGUGUACGUGUGAGAGCGAACGACGCAGAUGGCCGGCGACGACACAUGAAUAAUGAGAACGUUGUGCACGCACGUCGUCACGGCGAUUACGCGUCGUCGUCGUCGUCGUCGUCGGCGGAACCAUCUGAAAACGCGGGCAUUCGUUCUCUCCUUGUCGCUCAGGUGUGUGGGAGACACACAAAUCCGAUGGACCGAUCGAUCGUGUAUAGCCGGCGGCAAAUAAAAUACGUUCCUGCAAAUGGAAAGUGAUGAUGCGUAAAUACGCGCCGCCGCGUGCACGCGCACGUGCGCGUAACGAGCGGACGGCAAACGGAAAAGACGCACUUAUCACUUGUCACACUUUAUUCGCGAUUGAGUGUACAGUGACGGGCUCGAGGCACUUCGAAUCACUUCGAUAUAUGAAGCGAAUUUCUCUCUCUCUCGUAACGAAAGAUGCCUCUUUCGACUUAAGACAUUUUGAUCUAUUUUUUUCUUCGAAGAUCUAUUUUUUUUUCUUUUUUUUUUAACACCAUUGCAUUGUGUCAAUCUACUCUUCUUUAAGCGUGACGACGUAUGUUGUAAGUGAUAUGAGUUUAUCACAUUUUUAAUCAUUUCAAAUAUAUAAAAAAAUUAUUUAAGAAGAAAGUACUUUUGGAAAAACGUUUCUUUCACAUUUUAUAUUAUGAUUUCAAUUUAUUCUAUAUUUUACAAACAGACAUAAAGGCCAAUUUUACUUUUGAGAGUUUUAUGAAAUAUUCAAGCUUUCUCAAAAAAUAUUCAAGACGUUUGUUUAAAAAUAUUCUAAAAAUGUUCGAGUUUUUAAAAAAUAACUUAAAAUUGUUUGAAUAAAAAUUCAAACAGAACGAUUUUAUAACUAAUCAAGUCACCAGUAAAUAUCUCAUAAAACGUUCGGAAUAAACUUCUCUCAAAAUUCCAAAAAUCAUAAGAGACCGUCCAGUUCGUUACUAGGAAACAGUUGUGCGAUUUCCAAUGUCAGAGCUACCCCGAUAGUUCAAAAUCUGAAUUCGAGACUUUCUUAGAACUCACAAGAAUUAAUCGAACUUCCAUCCUUCGAUAGUCGCGCACGGAAAUCAAUUAGCUUUUAACCGCUUACAAUAUAACGCUGUUUAUCGGCAAGUUUUGCAAGGUUUAGUCUGUCCAAACACAUCUUGUGUAUAGAUUCAGCGAGCAGACUAAACCGCCGUGAAACACAAUAUGGCGAUUGAUGGCCUGGCUGAUAGGUAUAUAACGCCUCAUCUCCGAUGACGCAAGAAUGUGAAUGAUGAUUUAUACCUCGCAGCACCUACGAACGACGACGGAUCGCCGGGGGUUCCGGCGGGGGUUCCCGGUUGACCCGCGCGCGCGCGCGCGCGAGUGUGCCUCGUCCUCGCUGGCGAAUGGCGACGCACGACAAUCGCGUUCGCUCCAUGCAUGUUUUGCAAUCGGUAACGCGCGCCUCUCCGUCCUCGAUGCUCAAUUGACACGGUUGACAGCUGCGGAACAGAUGCGCCCCAGUGCAUUCGGGCACCAGCCUUCUCUCUCUCCCGUCCGCGUCUCUCGCCGCCACCCGAAUCUUCCGAGUAAAAUAGAGCGAUCCCGAUCUACUAAGUUAUUUUCGGCCGGGCCGGCCCCCGAAGGUCGUCGCCUUGAAUGGCCACUACCUUCGAAUCGGCGUAAUCCGCGAAAUCGUGGCCUACGGCCAUCUACGGGGCGAGGCAUCAUCACCUCGAGCCUCGGCGAGACGAGGGUAAUCUCGCGCUGCUGUCACGUCGAGACGAAACGACACGUCAUCCGCGUCCUUCGUAAUCAUGUAAAUGAUUCCCGCGAAACAUGAGAAUAUAUAUUUUCGGACUGUCUAGUCUCCUUCUCUCUCUCUCUCUCUCUCCCUCUCCAUUCCAUCUGAAUGUUCCGUGAAUUAAAGGCAAUCCGAGUCUUGUGUGGAUCUGACAGCACGGUAAUUUGCAACCUGUUGCUGAUCGAUGGCCGAACGCGUAAUGCCACGUAAUGAGCCUUCAUUUUGCACUAUUGUGCGGAUCACUAUUAAAUCGCGAAUAGUACAUCAUAAUAAUAGAUAUUAAUUCAACGUGCAAAGAGAAUGAAAUGCUUCGCGGUCCAUUCGCAGUUGCAAUCACGAGCAAAUUAUUAAUCUCAAUUAAAUGUUCUUCGCUGAUGGCUCUUUAAAGAGGCUUGUAAAGGUGCAACGUGGACUUUUAUGAAAUAAAAAUCUAUCGCGCAAGAGGAAUGGAAAAAGUGAAAUUUGAUCCGCUCGGGGUUCAUUUCUCUCAUCGCGAUAUCGUCGCGAUAUCAUCACGUUGAACGCUCAUUAAAGAAUUAAGAAUCCAUCCUUUCUUUCGAACUUUCUAGCGGAUACGCGUGCGUUGCGUGCGCGCCAAUCUUUCGGACGCGUUUGUUACUCUCGUUGCAAAACGUCGAAUCGCCGCGCAUUGCUGUCCGCCAGCCGAGCGGGCAGGCAGACAGGUAUUUCGAAAAGUCGAGAAAAGGCAGGUUACUCGUAUCGGCAUCGAUCAACGCGCGGCGCGUGUUCUCGCAUAUGUUCACGCUCUUUCGCGUUACGCAAGUCACGCGUGGCCAAAAGUCCUCGCGAAAUCCCGCGUACGUCCACCCGACCACGCGCGGCGCGCGUGUAGUUGCGAAAGGUCAAGGAUACACGGUGACACAAUAAUAACGUUCGCAAUCGUCCUUUACAAUGUGCUGAAAAAAUGUACCCCAUUGUGCGAAGGCGCGCGGCUUCGAAAUAUAAAUAUAAAAAGACACACUGCAAAACAUAUCCUCUUUAUAUAUAAAGGACAUGUAUAUUUUGUAACGGAAUAUACCAUAUUAGAACGGAUUUUUUACGUGUCCAUUUUAUUUAAGCGUGACUGGCGCAAUUCUUAAUGUGACAUGUUAUUUAUAUAGAUCAAUAUCCUUUAUAUAAAUAGGACUGGAAAUAAUCAUUAUAAAACAGACGUUAAACCGGACAUUAUAAAGGAUGUGGUCCGCCAUAUAUAUUAAAGCGGACGAAAUAAACAAAACGCAACGCAAUAUGGCGCGAGCGGUAGCGAUAGCCGUAUCGUUCACUCACAACAGUGUUAACUUGUUACUCUAACGGCCGUCCUCUUCCCAAUUAUAAUAAAUAUUUUUAUUACUAAUUGUUGGUGUUAAUAAUGGGUGUCGAUCGACGCGGUAACCAUCGCGGUAAAUGUACGGCGUGUGAUUGCGACGAAUUUGAGUUGCCUCAGGCGGAUGAUAACACAAAUGUGUGCUCUUUUUGCGGGCAUUAUUCGCCUUUACAUGAGCGUGUGGAAAUAAUUAAAGAAGCUCAUACGCACGAAAUUACAAUGCCUACAAUAGUGGCAAUAGAAAAUUUGACUGACUCAGUACGCAAUGAAGUGAUCGAAGUAAUGGAAGUAAUCAAUCCCAAUGAAGAUCCAGACUCUCAACAAACUCUGCAAUCUGCCAACAAUGUAGAGCAACAGGAUAAUGAUAUAAUUGUAGCUGAGGAAAAUAAUUGGCUUGAUAAUAAUAAAACCCAGUUAUUACCUAGCUUUAGUUCAUAUGUAAUGCCUUUUUUGGAAGGGCAAGCUAUGAGUCCCAAAAAAAAAAAAAAAUUAUGCUCUCAGUUAAAAGACGAAAUAAUAGACCAUUUGGACAGGCACAACUUGAUUCCUCACAACAUAAAUCAUAUGAAAAAACGUUGGCAAUAUCGUGAUCUAGGAGAAGCUCUUGUAACAAACUUUCCUUCAAUCCAUAUAGAACAGUCACCCAAAUUUAAAACUAAAUGUGGACAUUUCGUACAUCAAAUUGCUGAUAUUAGACGUCACAGAAACAACCGUCGAGAAUGUAUGCAGCAGAUGCAUAAUCCUUUGCAGUUGCAAAAAAAAACAAACAAAAAGGGUAAACUUAUACAAGUAAUAACUCCAGAAGAGGCUUACAAGAAACUUCAGGAUUCAGCAGAAGAUGAAUUGUCGACAACCACAAUUGUUGAAUUACUUCAGCAAUCAUUUCAAGUUCGACCUCACGUUGGAAAUGUGUGGCCUUACUAUCUUUCACGAAAAGAAUGUUUUGUCCAAGAAGCUGAAUUAAGGAUGAAAACAUCUAUUGAAAGUGUUAUUAAUACUAUAAACACAAUGUAUAAAAAGACAGCGGAGAAAGGAAUUAACAACAUUCUGCAGCUACAAAAAUUUGUAACUUUACGAGGGACAAAAGACUUUUUUCUUGAACAGAAAGUUCCAACGUUUGAUGAUCUACUAUUACCUUCUCCUGGACCAAAAGUUUUUUACAAUGAUGCUACUGCCUGGCUUGUGAUCAGUGAGAUUGAUCAACUAAAAAUUGAUGUUACAUCUGCGGAAGAAGCAGCCGCUUUAGGAUUUGCCAUUUACUUUAUGAAGGAUCUGACUUAUCCAUCAUCUUUUAGCCAAUUGCUUGGUUUAAUUGAUGCUUUGUGCCUCGGUAACAACAACGAAUUUUUAUGCAAGCGAGCUAAAGAAAUUUUGUCUCAUUGUACUUUGUAAAAAUGUUAAGAAUUUCUUUUAUUAUUAUUUACAUUUUUAUCUUUGUUUGGGAUUUUGUACUUGUUCCUUCUUUUUUCUCUUAUAUAUAUUAUAUAUCAAACAAACUAAUAUAAUACAUUUAUUAUGGAUAAAGGUUUUAUUUUUUUGUAUACAAACUAUAUAGUUUGUUCAUUCAUAUUUUCUGGUCACAUAUAUAUAUAAUGUUUUAUAUAUAUAUAUAUAUAAGUAUAUAUAUAUAUGUAUAUAUGUAUAUAUUUUAUAAGUAUAUAUGUAAUAAUGUAUAAUGUAUAUUUGAAUGUAAUAAAAUAUUGUCUUCCAGAUGAUAUGUUCUUUUCUGUAUCCGGAAAAGAAUACUAAAUUUCCGUUCUAUUUAUAAAGGACAUUAGUCCGUUCUAUUUAUAAAGGACACUAGUCCGUUUUAUUUAUAAAGGACAUUAUUAUAGACAAUGUCCUACGUAUAUAAUUCCGUUUUAAUUUCACGCUUAUUUAAAGUGGAAAAAAAGUCACUUUUUUCCGUUAUAGUUUCGCGGAAUUUAGAGUGGAUAUGUUUUGCAGUGCACGUACCAAGCUUUCUUGCACGUGUGAUUACAUAAAGUACAUGGAGAAAAUAUUGUGGCAAAAAGUGUACAGCGAAGUUUCUGUUACAUCGGUCUCUGUACUGGUAUUGCAUGACAAAUACUACGAUCUAGUUAUCAUUCGAAAAUUAUUCAAAAAUAGUAUGUAAAUUUGACGUUUCCUAUAAAAAUUACAUCGCGAAAAAUAUUAAUAUAACCAAUUUUUAUUAAAAUAAGACGUUUUAUAGUCUGAUUGUGAAUGCUGCCUUUAUAUAAGUAAGUUGAAUACGUUUUAUACGUAUUUCUAUACUUAUAAUAAAGAAUUAUAAUAUAACAUUUUGUAACUUUUUGCACAUAGUGAAAAAACUGAUGUAUUUUAAGCGCUUUUACAUAUAUUAUUUUGUAAUUUAAAUUGUAAUUUUUAUUUGUGUGAUUGCUAAAAAUAUGCAUGCGAUUGAUGGUCGACUUUUAUAUGGUAAUAAAUACCACAGCGUCGUUAUGUUUAAGCCGUGAAACAAAGCUUUGUUGUAAAAAAAAAAUUAUAAUUUACAGUACAAUAUCUUCUCCGUAGAAAUUAUAUUUCGGGUUCAUUGCAAGUUUAUAGUCUUUCUUUCUCCUUUUGUAAUAAAAAGUAACAUCUGCCCCUGUUGAAAUAAAAAAUUUAACGUAAGACAAUAUAUGUAACUUUCAACCGUAGAUGAGACGGAUAUAGAAUUAUCGGAUGAAAAGGAAAGACGAAUCCAUCACAAUCGUUCUCGCCUCGCGAUGUUGUUUUGUUCAAAGUGCAGUCGCACUCUAACGGAGACAGAAAAUAAUAUAGAGCACGUCUUGCGAUUCAUUUUUUCUGUUUUCUUUGCCCCAAUUAAUUUCACUAUUUAUGUUAUUUCAUUAUUUUGUGCAUAAAAAUAUUAAAGCAAAACAAUUAUCAAAAAAAUGAAUAUUGAAACAUGCUAAAAUAAGUAUUAAAAAUUUCGUGAAAUAUUUCUUUUUCAGACGCAAACAUCCUCCCCCUUCUAAUACUUUUAUACACGUAAUGUGUACGUGUGUUGUAUUCAGAAGAAACUAUUUGCCAAAAAAUAUAUGUAUGAAUCCAUUAAAGAAAAAAAAAGUAAUUGUAUUUUUUCAGUGCCUGGCUUACGAAAAAAGUCAACAAGAAAUUAGAUUAUACAUUGCUAUGCAAUUCAAGUCUUGUCCGUAACAUUUCUUUCCAUCUUCAAUGGAACGGGUAUUAGCGCCCGUCCCAGUUACACGACGCACCCUGUAUACUCGUGUAUACCGGGUUGUUGUGCAAAAAUACUAACCCGUAUCCAGGCCGAGCGCGUGUCAUGCAACGUGACUUCUGGCUCGCCGCGCUGCUUCGUGCGAACGAGCGUAUUAUAUUAUUAUUAUGUACACUUUCCGCGCACCGACGCGAUGGUCGCUCGAUUCGCGAAUUAUCGAAGACAUCGAACAACACGAAAACAUAUAUUGAUAAUAUAAUCAGAUAAUAGGACAGUCAAUUGUGUAAAUAUAAUAAUCGAUCUGUAAUUAUUAAUAUACAGAAUAUCUAAACCGAAUCGAGCCCAGCACUAAAUAGCACAAAUUUCGAAAUUUACCACUUAAAAAUACUUUAUUCCUAGAAUAUAACUUAAAAAAUGUAUCAUAAGAGAUAUGUAAAGAUCUGGGGUAUUAUUAGGACUGGCAGCAAUGCAUCUGUUUAGUGCAACAAAAGCUGAUAGUGGAGUGGCUGUAUGAACCGUUUUGUUUUUGUUUCAAUAUAAUCGAUAGUUUUCAACUACCAGGAAACUACGCAAAAAAAAACUCCGUAAUCCAUGGAUUCAAAUCACAAAUUGAUUUCAAAACACAUAUGAACAAAGCCCAAAAAUUUUCAGGUCCGUCCUUUAUUUUUUUCUAAAAAAAUAUGGUUAUCGUAAUUAUAAAAAAAAUAUAAAUCUACUCUCUUCAAACAUUUCUGUUCUUUUGCUGGUAGAUAAUAUAAUCCUGAUAGCGCGGACCCGGUACAAAUUGGUUUCCGCAGUCCCACGGGAAACGAGGGCUCACGCAUAUUUCAUAACUCUAGAAAUAGUACGACCGAGACGGCACACAGCUAAAUCCAGCCGCGCUGGUUUCACGAUUUCGUCGAAACAAACCUUGACUACGUCAUAUAAGAAAAAAAAAAAUUGAGAAAGCCGUGCGGCGGCGAGGGUGCUCGAAAGGUUGGUUGCACCUUAACUGAGUCUACCCAACAGUUAUAGGCUUUCAACUAUUUAUUCCGCUGAAAAUAAUUUUAGAAUAUUAUUCGAGAAUGCAGCAAAAUAAAACAACUUUUUUUUCUGGGAGAUUGAAAUCAGCGGCACGGAUUGCGAGAUGCUGGCAGGAUGAACGAUCGUGAUGAGCAAAGAAUAUAAUCCCGAGAAUGAAAGGCGACGGGUUCAGAGUUUUUCGCAAUGAAUCAUCUGCCUCCAGUAAUAAGAUCGCCGUACUAUUUUCCACGAGCACUCGGCGCGUGCGUCCAUCACUCGUGCAAUACACAUACAAGCAUAAAACACACACACACACACACACACACACACACACACACACACACACACACACAUAUCAUACAACGUACACCGUGCAACGAGGACAGCGGAGUGCCAAGGUGACUCUCACUUUUUCUCGAACGACACUGAAUCUCUCGACAGCGAUAGGAUUAUCGACCUCCAACCAGCACCAGAGGAAUUGCUAAUCGAUAACUUUUUCGAAAGGAAAAGGAGAAACGAGGUGAUGGAGACAAAAAUAACCAUCCGUCAAUUUCUGUUUACUUCAGAUUAUAAAAGCACACGUUAAAAAGUGAUAAAUAUUUAUCAUAAAAAUGUUUAGAGGAAAGUCGCGAGUACUGACAUAAACCUCCUAAAAUGGCAUCCACUUAUUUCUUGGAAACUAAACAUUGUAUUGUAUUAAAUGCUGAUAAAAAACAUGGUCCGUUUAGAUAAUUAAAAAAAUAAAAAUAAUUCAUGGCUCUUUUUCUAUACAAAAUCUACUAAAAGAAAAAUGUAACCUAAUUUUGCCUUUACAUGCCUAUAAUCGCGCUUGCGUUACAAUCGUAUUGCGUUUUUCGAAAUAGCUUAAAGUAUUUAAAUAGUCGACAAAGAAAUGUUUUACAUCGAAGUGAAAGGCUUCUAGGAAUCCUCAUGUACAUAAACUUUUUAAAUAUUCUAGUCUGUACAAAUCACUCAUGUUAAAGAAAAAGAAAAAAAUGUAGCCAAUUAUGUCAAUUUUAGAACCCAAUUUUUCAGACGUUCACAUUAUGUUGCAAAAACUUUAAUUAUUAUAAAAUAUAUAACAGUAUUAUAAAAAUUACUAUACCACUUUCUAGUUUACAUUUAUGUUUUUAAAGUUUUAUUUUUAGCUUUUAUUUAAGAAGUGCUAUAUCCAAAAACAAAGUGAAAGGCAACUCAAUAUCGAUAACCUUCCUUAGUAAUUAUUAAAUUUAUUCACACACAGACACACACACACACACACACACAAAUAUAUUACAAAAAUAUAUUACAACACGCAUAUCUAUUUUCUCUAGCACAUAUUUAUAAUAAAAAGUAGAAAGAAAUUCUAUUUACAAAUUCUCCAAAUUAAAAUGCUUCAAAUAAAAUCACACGAAUGGAAAAAAAUUUAAGUUCAAAGCUAAAAAUACUUCAAAUUAAGCUUCAGUAAAUAAAGAACAAAUCCUAUAUUCGUCUUCAUAUCUACAUCACUGUACUCCAUUUGAGCGUCUUUGUUCAGUUUCUAGCCUGUGAAUCAAAAAUGCUAAACAUCAGCAAUCAACAUGAUACGAUACAAACGAUGAGACGCGUUUUGUUGCGCCAGUACUUUGUCCUGCCUUAUCGCGACACGAUUUUAUCGUCGAAAUUUUCCACCGCAUGCAUACACACAUGUACGAGGCACUCGAGAAGGCCCUCCUCGAACCAUAUCGCGCCACGGCCACGCGAGCAGGUUUGGCGUUGCCGUGUCGAAAGAUGCGCGCACACACGAAUUUUCGAUUUGCAGUCACCUGCGACACGAAACAUGAAAGGAGAGAGCGCGAUCGAUUAACCUCGCCGCGCCGAAAGUCAAUUCACGUGCGGACAGGCGCAUCGCAGCGAGAGAGAGAGGAGAGGGUGAGAGGGAGAGAGAGAGAAAGAGAGAGAGAGGGAUGCAGCCACGGGAGACGAUAAUAAAUAGCCGAUGACAGGCAGCCGAUACGGAAUAUGUAUAAAUAUCGCGUCCGCCACGCUAUCGGAGUUAUUGGUACUCAUAUUGAAUUCCAUUGAUGUCACCGCUUCUAUUUCGGAAAGCCUCGUGUCGUUAGGCCACCGUGUACGCUCCACAGACUCUUCCCCCGGUAUUAAUAUACAUUAUAUGACUGCGAGGAGCCUAAGGUCUGUGUACUCUAUACGAAAAUCCCCUACUGUUGUUGAUUGCGCAGUUUCAUUUUAUUUACAUGAAAUUGAAGUCCCAUUAUGUUAUGCUGAUAAGAGCUGACAAUGAUGACGCAGUUUUUUUUUCUUCACAGAUAAUUUCCACGUGCUACCGAGAUAGGAAAAAAAACGGAAGCUGUAUUUAAAAAGGGGGGAAAAAACGGAAGCUGUAGGCGGCAUUUAAAAAAAGCUUGAUUUAUAAUAUUUUAAAUAUCAAGCUUUACAUUUCCUUUCUGUUAGUUUAUACAAUUUUAUUUGCAGCAUUUUAAUAUCGAGAAUUUGUAAAUCAAGAAAUUAUUUUUAUUUCUUUUUAUUAAAAAAAAAAAAAAAACAGUUUUUCUGAUUAAAUAACAUCUUCAAAUUCCGCAUAUUAAAUAGAAAUUGUGACAAAAAAUGUACAUCAAAAUUAUUUUUCUCGGACAGAGACUUUUAAUUAAGAUUUAAUUGUUUUCCUAAUCGCCCUUCGAGAGAUUCAUCCCUGAAAAAAUCCGUAGUGUAGUAAUUUCGAUCUCUAAUGUAUAAAAAUAAAUAAAAAGAGUGAGAGAGAAAAAGAGAGUGAGAGAAAGGGGUAAAAAUGCUUGCAUUCAUCGCUCAUCAGCAAUCUCUCGCGUUCUUCUUCGCAAAACUACAUGUACCGAAUGGCGACGACGGAAAAUUUCGAACCUUCCCACUCUCCCAGGGAGGAGCUAUCGACACAAAUACAGCGAAGGAAAAAUACCGAAAGUGCAGCUCGUAACGUUCGUUUGGAUGUCGUUACACACACACCACACACACACACACACACACAUACGCACAUAUCGCUGCACGCAUCGUCUCACUACGCGUCAAGGGCGGGGAGAAAAGUCGCUGUCGAAGGAGACCGGAGAUUCGCGGGGGCAGGCAUUCGCUUUCAAUUUCUAUCUCCCGCGUUUAAAAGCGCUUAGGACAGCCGUGAUUUAUGUAUUUCUCAAUUACACGGAUACCAGAGGGGAUGGUCUCGUCCGCCCGUCGUUACCCUCCUCCGUUCGAGAAGCGAUCGUGGGACGAGAAAAAUAUUUCUAGGGCACACGCGCGCGCGCGCGUAUUAUGUGCGUGCGUGCGUGCGUGCGUGUGUGUGUGUGUGUGGGUGUGUGUGAAAAGAGAAAGGUACAAAUCGGGCAGAGUAAUCGCGAUAAAUUGUACCGAGAUUUAUUUUCCAGCGAUUAAUAUUCGUCAGUCUGACAAUCCGACAGCAAUUACCGGAACGACCGUCUCAGGGAAUUAUGAAUAUUUCGUUGCGUUUUCGAUCUACCAUUCGUUAUGUUGGAUUUUUCUUCGCUUCUCGCGCUUCUGCUUGAUUCAAUGUCAAUUUUCUGAUCGCGACAGAACGCCGCCCCGCGAACUUCCACUCGUCACGAUUAUACCGAUUGACCCUUGGAGCGGCUGCCGGCCGAGACGUUUCAAUUCUACAAAAGAUAACGCACACGUCACACGCGCCCGGGAUGCAACUGCGUCAAACGCGAAACACAAUACCGUUCGCAAGAAGCGGAAUUUACAUUCUAAGCAAAAAAAAAAAAAAAAA